AUGCAACAAUCAGCCAUGAAAUACAUACAACAACAGCAACAACAUCAACAGCAACAUCAACAACAACAACACCACCAACACCAACAACAACAACAGCAACAACAAAACAUUCGCUCGGGUUUUUUAUCAUUUUUAAAACAUCAAAAUUUACAAAAUUCAUCUCCAUUAGAAAAAUCAUAUAACAAUAUUUUGGGAACGAGCACCAAUUCAGGAAGUGACGGAGGAAGUUCUUUGGAAAGAGCCGCAAAAUUUCACAGAAACGCUGCAGGAGUUUGUGACGUCAUGUACACAUGGAGCGGCAUACUUCCGGUUCCGAAUGAAAAAAAUGCCGUUUAUUCGUGUAAAGUUUUCUUGGGUGGCGUCCCGUGGGAUUUAAGUGAAAAUACUCUGGAACAAGUAUUUAGAGUUUUUGGUCCGAUCAGAGUGGAAUGGCCGGGAAAAGAACAGCAAGCCACUCAACCUAAGGGAUAUGUUUACAUUAUUUUUGAAUCCGAAAAACAGGUCAAAGCUCUUUUAUCAUCCUGUUGUAAAGAUUAUGCAAAUGGAGGUUCGUGGUUUUACAAAAUAUCAUCUCGUAAAAUGAAAUCUAAAGAAGUUCAAGUCAUACCUUGGGUCAUAUCCAACAGUAAUUAUUCGAAAUCCCCCUGUCAGAAAUUGGAUCCCCAAAAAACAGUUUUCGUUGGUGCGUUACACGGUAUGAUAACAGCCGAAGGAUUGGCUAAAAUAAUGAACGAUUUAUUUGACGGAGUCUUAUAUGCGGGAAUCGACACGGAUAAAUUUAAAUAUCCGAUAGGAUCAGCAAGAGUGACAUUCAGCAACACAAAAUCAUACAUGAAAGCUGUUGCUGCGGCUUUUAUUGAAAUUAAAACGGCUAAAUUUUGCAAAAAAAUUCAAGUAGAUCCUUAUUUGGAAGAUUCACUUUGUUCUUCUUGCAAUCUUCAACAAGGACCUUAUUUUUGUCGGGAAAUGAUUUGUUUUAAAUAUUUUUGCCGUACCUGUUGGCAAUGGCAACAUACAUUUGGAACAAUGAAAUCUCACAAACCUUUAAUGAGAAAUUCUAAAAAUUCAUCAGUUAUAGGAUUUGGAAAUGUUGGAGGUCCAAAUAUACAUUUUGAUAAUUCUCUGUGA